UUGUAUCUGCAUUGCGAAUAUAUGUAUAUAUAUUUAUAUGCAUUUAUAUGCAUGUGAAUAUAGUAAGAAAAUUGUGAAAAAUUAAUAUCCAGUGCAUGGAAUAGAAGUUUAAAUAUAAUUAUAGACAUUAAUCAGAAUCUGACACGUUGAUAUAGUAGCAAAGUAUUAUCUCAGUACGUUGCGUUGAGCAUUUUUACUUAUCUCUUAUUAAUAGUCUUUUAAUUAAAAGUUUUUCGUGUGAUUACAAAGUGCCCAUUUUUGGGCCUAAAAAGUUGUAAAAAUUGCGUAUAUUUCACGAGAAGAUAUGCCAGAUAGUGGUGCUGUUUAUCAACCUACAACAGUAGGUUAUACAUAUGAUAGCGGUGGUGAUGGUGCUGGAGGUGGUGGCAGUUUAAGAAGUGGUUUCUGGAGGAUCAUAUCAAGACAUAAACUUAGCUCUAGAAAAUGGUUUGAAUGGGUAUUACUUUCAAUUGCUUUAUCAUUUUUUAUUGCCGGUUUAACGACGAUGGUGGUCAGUUUUGUAUCAGAUGACACAUCACAAGAAAAUAAAAUAAAGGUAAAUGAACAUCCAACGACAUCUGCAACAAGUAUUGAAGAACAUAUUGAAGAUGCAACAAAAAGUUCCAUAGCCUUAAGUGCUAGCAUGAUUUUAGUAGGACUUCUACUGGGCUUUGGUUGGGCUUGGUUGCAUUUCUUCCGUCGUGGUAAAUCUCCAAGAGGUGGAAUGGCUGGAAAUAGUGGUCAGAUGUUGGGCGGUUUGAAUCCAUCAACUGACUUGCUGGUGGGUUCCACUUCGCAGUACGGACCAGUACUUACGGAGCUGCCGAGUCAACUGAAGCUGAAGCAGACAAAUUCUCAUGAUACUCCAGCAAUACCACUUUCGGAUCAGGAAGAGGAAACACGUACUUUAAUGCAGGAUUCUACAAUUCCUUCGGUUCUUUCUACUGGUCCUAAUACCAUUACUAAUCAAAUUCCAGGUUGAGUACAAAGGUUAAAUGCAUUAAUGUAUAGUAAGAACACAUGAUGUGAACACUUAUAAUUUUACAUGGAUCAAGUUUGAAUUGUAGUUUUUGCUAUUUUGUAAAUUGCGUGAUUUAUUUACUAAUAGGAAAAUUAUUUUUUUUUUAAUUUUUUCUAGUAGUAAUUUUAAUUAAUGUUUAUUUUAUGAAUUUAUUUUAAUUUCUUGAAUGCCUGCAUUUAAAGUAUAAGAUGAUUUAUUUCUGUAAAUUAUCAGCACAAAUUUUAGCAUAACAUAUCAUUUACUAUACUUUUUUUAAAUUUUAUUCUUUAAUUUUUAUGUAUACAUUCCUCCACUCCGUCCAUUAUCAUUGACUAAUAUGUUAGUUAAGCAUUGAAUCCAGAUAAUUAACAAAUAAAAAGAUUUAAAAGAAUUUAUUUAAAAUAUGAUACUUUUAGAUUAUUUUUAUUAUUAUUUAAAUAUAUGGCAUAGUUAUUAUAAAUAUUAAUAUCAGUUGUCUUGAUAUGAUAGUAAUUUAGUAAUUAGUCUGAUAAAUAUUAAUUGGUCUGAAUUGACCAAUUAUGAAUAUAUGUAUAAAAAAAUAAUAUUUUAUAUUAUUCUGCCCAGUUAAUAUAAUGGCAGUAUUACAUGUGAUUGACAAUAUUUGUAACAUAUUCGCUCAUUUAUAUAUUGAGAGAAAAAUGAGCUCUAAUACAUAAUUGUAUUAGUAAAAUAAAGAGAUAUGUAUAUAUUAGGAUAAUAUAUAACAUAAAAAUUAUAAUGCAAAGCAAUUUCCUUUUUCAAAUUAAAUUGGAAUGGAUAUGUGAGAUAUGGAGCAGUAAAAUACAUUGCACAAUUUUUGUUAUUACAUUA